AUGGAUCCACCAAUUGAACCAGAAACUCCACACCCUGAAUUAAUAGAUUUGUCAGUAAAAACACAACCUGAAUCGAUUGACUUGAUAAAUUCAAAACGUGAAUCAGAAAAGAUGAUUGAUUAUAGAAUAGAAACGGCUGAAAUGGUUACUAACGACGAGAUAAUUGUUUCAGAAAGAACGAAAAUAUGGAUGAUUGAUUAUAGAAUAGAAACGGCUGAAAUGGUUACUAACGACGAGAUAAUUGUUUCAGAAAGAACGAAAAUAUGGGAUUCCGAUAUAAAAGUAAAUAGUUCAGUUGUAUCAAAAUGUACAUCAAAUUAG